AUGUGGCUUCUCGGGACGCACCUGGCCUUCACCGUCAACCGGCUACCUUCAACCUCAGUCGACGCAACCGCAGCACCCCGCCCCCUGAGGCUACCAGAGAGCGUCGGGCACCGGUUGAUGAGGCUGCACAGAGUGAUGGCGGUACGGUGUUUUCUUCGCCGGAUACGGAAGCACGCAUAG